AAACUGCCGGCUUUCAAAAAUUCUCUCUUGCCGCCAUCAUCGUUCGCCGGCCCGGAGGCGCAGGUGCUGUAGGAAGAUCCCGGGGCUAGACGCAACCUGGGGAGGAAGCUCCACAAAGCAGCAGCAACCAUGGCAUCUGAGGAUAUCGCCAGGCUCGCCGAAAGCUUGGCCAGAACCCAAGUGGGCGGAGGACAGCUCAGCUUCAAAGGCAAAAGUCUCAAACUCAACACAGCAGAAGAUGCUCAGGAGGUGAUAAAAGAAAUCGAGGCAUUCGAUGGCCUGGAGGCUCUGCGCUUUGAAGGCAACACGGUGGGUGUGGAGGCAGCCAAAGUCAUUGCCAAGGCCCUGGAGAAGAAAUCGGAGCUGAAGCGAUGUCACUGGAGCGACAUGUUCACCGGGAGGCUGAGGUCGGAGAUCCCUCCAGCCCUGAUCUCCCUGGGGGAGGGCCUCAUCACAGCCGGAGCGCAGUUGGUGGAGCUGGACCUGAGCGACAAUGCCUUUGGACCUGAUGGUGUGCGGGGCUUUGAGGCCCUACUGAAGAGCUCGACUUGUUUCACCUUGCAAGAGCUCAAACUCAACAACUGUGGCUUGGGCAUUGGUGGUGGCAAGAUCUUGGCAGCAGCUUUGAUGGAAUGCCACCGGAAAUCCAGCUCCACGGGUAAGCCGCUGGCCCUGAAGGUAUUUGUGGCUGGCAGAAACCGUCUGGAGAACGAUGGCGCCACUGCCCUGGCAGAAGCAUUUGGGAUCAUUGGGACCUUGGAGGAAAUCCACAUGCCGCAGAACGGGAUCAACCACCCAGGAGUCACAGCGCUUGCCCAGGCCUUUGCUGUCAACUCCCUGCUGAGAGUCAUCAACCUGAAUGAUAAUACUUUCACCGAGAAGGGGGCAAUAGCCAUGGCCAAGACCCUGAAGACCCUGAGGCAGGUGGAGGUGAUCAACUUUGGGGACUGCCUGGUGCGUUCCCGAGGGGCUCUGGCAAUCGCUGAGGCAGUGAAGAAGGGGCUGCACAGACUGAAGGAGCUGAACUUGUCCUUCUGCGAAAUCAAACGGGAUGCCGCGCUGGCGAUUGGGGAGGCCGUUGAGGACAAGUCAGACCUGGAAAAGUUGGAUCUCAAUGGAAAUGCCUUGGGAGAAGAGGGCUGCGAGCAGCUCCAGGAGAUCCUGGAAGGCUUCAACAUGGUCCAUACGCUGGUCUCGCUCAGUGAUGAUGAAGGGGAGGAGGAGGAGGAGGAGGAGGAGGAAGAAGAAGAGGACGAGGAGGAAGAGGAGGAGGAGGAAGAUGAGGACGAGGAGGAAGAAGAGGAACUUCAGCGAGGCCAAGGAGAAGAGAUGACCACGCCCUCCAAGAAGAUCCUGGAUGCUCGUGUUGGGGAGCCUCCUUCUAUGUUGUGUUCUCCAUCUGACGUCUCCACAUUCCUCGCCUUCCCAUCUCCAGAAAAGCUGCUGCGUCUUGGACCCAAGAGCUCUUUGUUGAUAGCCCAGCAGACAGAUACUUCCGACCCAGAAAAGGUGGUUUCAGCUUUCCUGAAAGUCACCUCUGUGUACAAGGAUGAUCUGGCAGUGAAAACGGCUGUUCAGGAUGCAGUGGAUGCCCUGAUGAAGAAAGCUUUUGCUUCAACCACCUUUAACUCCAAUGCCUUCAUCACUAGGCUCUUAAUCCACAUGGGACUGCUGAAGAGUGAGGACAAGAUCAAGGCAAUCCCCAAUCUCUACGGCCCCCUGAUGGCUCUCAACCACAUGGCCCAGCAGGAGUACUUCCCGAAGACCCUGACACCCGUGCUCCUGGCCUUUGUGACCAAGCCCAAUCGGGCCCUGGAGGCCUGCUCCUUUGCCCGCCACAACCUCCUGCAAACUCUCCACCAUGUCUAGUCAACGCGAGGCCGGGCCUCUGCCGCCGUCCCCUAAUGAACUUUGAUGAACUGAGAGCCCCUGCCCAGGCCCCAGAAGACGAGUGUGUGUGUCCGCCAUCACUUCCCUUGAAGACCUUCCCCUGCCUUCUGCCCUGGGAAACCCAGGGGAGGCUCGUUUUGGUGUUUGUCCUCCUCUCCCCCAGUGCCUCUCCUGCCUGCUGGCCCUGGGCCCCGAGUGUCGAUGGGGGUUCUGGAUCCACCUUUUUGGCCAGCCGGCCUCGGGAGCCAGCCUCAGACCCUUGCUUCCAUCCCGCUGGCCUGCUUGCUCAUGGAAUCGGACAGUGGCCCCUCAUUAAACUCUGUUCCCCGUCCUCACGCUGGCCUGCCUGGAUGUCCCCUGGCCAAUGCUCCCAUCGUGACUUAGCUGGUGUUGGGGGCUCCCCGGCUGCUUCCAUUCACUGGGGGUCACUGGGAAGGAGAGCUCCCCGGCACAGAGUAUGGCCUAGGACUUGUGGCUUGCUAGAGGCGGACCCGGUGACCCCAGGCCUCUUGGGGGGGCUCGUGCCCUCCCAGGGGAGAAGAGCUAGGCAAGCCUCAUGUGCCUAAUCUCCUGGGGCAGCUUCCGUCUGGCCUCGGACCUGCUUGGUGAAGGGGGCUGACAGUCUGGAUCCUGGCCGAAGGCCUGAGCACGGCCCCUCUAGCAAGGUGGUCUGGCCUACUUGGCUUCGGGGUCCGAAUAAGGAGGGGCUUUGCAGGAUUCCUGACUGGCCCGUUCCCCCCGCCUCUCUUGGGCAAGGAAAGAUGGCCCUUGUCACUCCUCUGCGCCCUCCCUCAGACCCAGGCCCGAGAAGGGUCCGCUGGUGAAAGGCCGGUAGUGAUGGGCCAGUGGCCGCAGAGGGAGCAGCCUGUUUUCUGGGGCUUCCGAGGAUGGCCGGCCUGGGCUCUGACCUGUUCUUGCCUUCUCGGGCUCGGGCCCGGCCUCGGCCUCAGUCUGCUGCUCCGCCUCUAGGCCGCGCUUCACGAACAGAAGAGGUUUCUGACCAAAACGCUGAUGAGUGGGGGAUGAAGCCCCUGGUCCGCCCGCCCUUCCCUUGACCCUAGCGUAAGCUCAUCCUUUGGGGCGCAGGUCCCGGCUCUCGGCUGGCUUCAGCUGCAGUGCGACGAGAGGGCACGGAGGGGGCCCCUCCAGACCGCCCCAUGGGCGGCCCUUCUUUUAGCCAGAGGCCAUGGGAAUGUGGAGGGCGAUGCCCCCCGAACCCUGUUGAAGCAAAGGGCCUGCGGCCUGGGCGGGAGGGCUGAACCUGCUCCUUGCUUGGUGUAACUCAGAAUGGGGCUAGCCAUGGCCAGGUGCCCCUCGGCUUCUUCAGCCUCCUCUCUGUGCCGGUGCCAGUCCCCACUUCUCUGGCUGCUAAAGGGAGGCCAGCCCUUGGGGUUCUGGGGCUUCGGGGCAGGCGGGGACCAGAGCCGCCUCCAGGGUGCCUUUUGCCCCCCAGCACGCCUGCUCUCAUCUACAUGCCUGUGCCUGAUGUGUGAGUGACUCCUUCCUGGGCUGGGGUUAGGGGAGCGGACAGAAUAAAGUGAUGUGUCGCA